GUCCAAUUAAUGCUUCUGUUGCAAAGACACUUGGUGUGUCAUGCAUACAUUAGAGCUUGAGAAGAGCAGGAGUCUAGGGGAGACCGAGGAGGUUCUACACUGAGUGUCAUCACAGAUUACCAGAAGAACUUGCUGUCUCGCUCACUCUGCUCUGCUCUCCUCCGCUUUUGGCAAGAGCUACGGCAGACGAGCCAUCAACACAGCCACCUCUCUUUCUCUCUCUCUCUUUCUCUUGCACGCACAAACGCGCACAUGUUCUCUCCCUCACUCGUAUUCUUUUUCUUUCCAGCUAGAUACUUUUCACAUUGAGUUUUGAGUUCUAUAGUUUUUCAUUGAUGUUGUAUUUUCUUUUUUGUUAAACAAAUGGGCACCUUUCGAGAGAGUUGAUUGACGGUAGAUUGCUUCUAGAGCCUCAACUUUUGCCGCUCUAAUUUUUUUUUCUAACUUUUUGUUUGUUUUGGCAAUUUUUUGGUUUCUCAUGGCAAGACAUGCUGAUUGUGGUCUAACUCAAACGUGAUGCUUCAGGAGUUAAGCGCGAGUGUCUUCUUCCCUCCUUGCUUGCAGCACCGACCUUUAGCUCAAGUACCUGACAAUGAUGAGCAGUUUGUUCCAGAUUUUCAGAGUGAAAACUGUAAGUUGGCUUUCCACGGGCUCCAGUUGAGGAUAAAGCGAGAGCCCCACAGCCCGUGUACUGAUCUGGGCUCAGCCUGCAGUCAAGAGAGGCCCUUCAGACUCCACUAUGGAGAGAAGUGCCUGUAUAACAUCAGUGCCUAUGAGCAGAAGCAUCCCACGGGAAUGAAGGUCUCCAGCCCAGUGUCUACCCCCUGCAGCACGCCUGUGUCACCUGGCCAGCAUGUGUCCCCCACCGCUGCCCCCACCCCUAAACCAGACAGAACAUACCCUCACCUCGCACCACCCCAGCCCCUCCCUGACAGUGCUUACCCCAUUGACCACAGAUUUCGGCGGCAGUUGUCGGAGCCAUGUCAUUCGUUCCCCUCUCCUCCUUCAAUGUCGCGGGACGGACGGCCCAUGUAUCACAGACAGAUGUCAGAGCCCAGCAUCCCCUUCCCUCCUCAGGGGUUCAAGCAGGAAUUCACAGACCCUCUCUUUGAGCAUCCGGCCAUGGUGGGGGUCCCUCUCCCCCAGACGUACCCGCACUCCAUGAUGAUCAAACAGGAGCCCCGUGACUUUACAUAUGACUCAGAAGUGCCUAGCUGUCACUCUGUAUAUCUGAGACAAGAGGGAUAUCUGGCCCACACAAACAGAACAGAGGGCUGUAUGUUCGACAAAGUUGCAAGGCACUUCUAUGACGACACAUGCGUGGUCCCAGAGAAAGUGGAGGGUGACAUAAAGCAGGAGGCGGGGCUGUACCGUGAAGGCCCGACCUAUCAGAGACGAGGCUCGCUGCAGCUCUGGCAGUUUUUGGUCGCUCUCCUUGACGACCCUUCAAACUCGCAUUUCAUUGCAUGGACUGGUCGGGGCAUGGAGUUUAAACUCAUUGAGCCUGAAGAGGUGGCACGACGUUGGGGAAUUCAAAAGAAUCGGCCGGCCAUGAACUACGACAAACUCAGCAGAUCAUUGCGCUACUACUAUGAAAAAGGCAUCAUGCAAAAGGUGGCAGGUGAAAGAUAUGUGUACAAGUUUGUCUGUGACCCUGAGGCCUUGUUCUCAAUGGCCUUUCCUGACAAUCAACGUCCAGUGCUGAAGACCGACCUGGAGCGACAAAUCAACGAAGAGGACACUGUGCCACUGUCACACUUCGAUGAGAACAUGGCGUAUGUCCAAGAGGGCGCUUACUGCAACCCGCACCCAUACAGUGAGGGCUACGUCUACUGAUGACUGCUAAACAAAAACGGUGUGCUGCGGCCGUUAAAAAAACGCUCUGAACUUUCAGACUUUUCCCUAAUUUCCUUCUCAGUCAUUCCCCAGGACAAAGAGUGCACUUUAUGGACAGAGGACGCAGUGUGUAAAGUUACAAACUUACUGCUGUAGUUACGUUAGAUGCUCCUUUUGGUGUUUUUUGUUGCUAUUGAAGGGGAUGGGGUCAGCAUGCCGUAUUCCCACAGCGAAAGUCUCUUGAGGGGAAAUGGCCUCCCUCUGGACAGUUGUGGUUUAUUUAGUCAGUCUGGAGCACAUGGGUGGAUAAUUAACAACCUCUUUGACCAUUGAAAUUCUUCUGGGAUUGUUUGUGGAGCGCUUUGAUAUUUUCACCCAUUUUCACCGCAUUUGUUUUCUCUCCCUUGGUGUCAUACUGAGUAACUAAGUAAAUAAUACAGUGUAUUACUAUGGAAAUAAAAUCCUUCAAACUCUACAUGUUGAUAUGAGCACAUAUAUGAACCUAUUCACUUUGUAUUUUGUCAGUAGAAAAUUCCUUAAAAGGGAUCAAAUGAAACUUCUGCCAUCAUUUACUAACUCUCAUGUUGUUCCAAACUCAUAUGACCAUUCACUUUUAUUGUAUGCCUAACAUGUGUUGUGUUCCUUAGAAAAAAAAUAAAGUCAAACAGGUUUGGAACAACAUGGAGGUAAAUAAUGACAGAAUUUUCACUUGGGUACUGACUGGUGGCUAUAUACUAGCACAGUUACAACAAAUGACAGAUUUGUUAUUUGUGAAGGGUUAUUAUAAACUAAUAUUAUACCCGUAUAUAUCUCAAUGAAUUAGCGCAAGAAAGAAAAAAAAAUCCAUGUCAGCAUGAUUUCGUAAUACUACAUGGUGAUUCAAAUACUACUCACAAUUUUCUUUAGACUUAUUUAAAUAAACAUCUCCAAUAAAUGUAUACUUAAGGAACUUGUAUGAAAUAUAUUUGAUGCCAUAUUUCACUGAAUAUGACUUUUUAUAUAAAACCGCCUUUAGAUAUCAAAUCUUUGAAGCUUCACACAUGUCUAUGACAUCAUUCUAUUAAAAGUUACAUACUAUUACAGUAGAUUGACUAAUUGCUUUUUACAUUAGAAAACUAAAAAAGUGGAUGUUGGUCUAUUACCUGCUCCCCCAUGCCAUCUUUGAACAUAUAAACAUGUAUAUUCAGGUUAAUGCACCUCAAUGCUGCUUUUUGUUUAAUUUUAGUCACGUUUAAUCAGAUGGCAGCUAUGGCCUGUAAUACGUUCAUAAUUAUAAUUUUUUUUCUUCAUUCAUUUUUUUUACAUUAGAAAAAAAAUCAGUGUUUAUUGAAUAUAAAAAAUGUAUACAUAAUUGCAAAGAGAAUGGCAAUAGCUACACUUCUGUAAUAAAAUAGUGAAUAGUUGAAAUACAGUUUGUUUUAUUUUUUUUCCCCUAAAUAUGCUUUGAGAGAGUUCUAAGACGUUAACUGAAUGUGAUUUUUCCGAAUC